AGGGCGGAGAGAACGUUCGUCCGUCGGCCUUCGCACUCCUACUGGCCUGACUGUUUUUGCUCUCGUUAGAAAAUGUUCGAGUGGCACGUGUAAAUUGUGAAACAGUUCGUUACCCGCGGAUGUGGUUGUCAUGUGUAUCGUGCUUGUAUGAGAUGGUUAAAGCCGAAUGUUACUCCCGUGUCGCAUUAUUUAUCUAAUAUUGAACUCAUGAGCCCACGUCUGAAACAGCUGUGAUGUGGAACUAAUAUUUUUGUUCAACUGCGAUGAUGUCACAGCCCAACAGCGAGAGUGAACGGGAUUGCGUAGUGUGCAUGGUGUAGCAGACGAUAAAUCCCCUCCCUUGUCCCCUGAAACCGAGCAUCGACACCCACCGCGUCCCACACUUAAACACGAAUAAGUAAAAGGUAUUAUUCACAGCUCCCUCUCUCCUCACGCCGUCGCGAGUCCUGCGUGUCCCCCCAGCCGCCCUUCGCCUUCAGCAGCCAAGCCCGAGCGCCAUGCACGGGGGAGGAGAGCCGAGCAUGGGCGGGCGCAGUAGUGGCGGGAGUGCGGUGGGCGCCGUGGACAGCCCUGGGAGACGUAGGGGCGCAGCCAGCACGUGCGACCAGGGCGGCCCCUUGCAUCAUCACCACCACCCUCGCCUGACACUUCUUCCGCCGCCUCACCAUCCUCCUCCUCCUCCUCACCACCACCAUCACCACCACGAGCGUUCUCCCGUGUUCCUCACCCUCAUGCUCUUGGCUGUAGUGAUGUGCCUGCUGGUGCCAAGGGCGUGGUGCUUGCCCGUGGAGGAGGGUGCCAAGGGCGUGUGGAGACGGUGGGCGCCCCGGGAAAGGAGGGAAAUCAUCGACGAUAAUGCGGAUUCGAACGUACCCGACCAAUAUAAGGGACAAGACCGGCCAGCCGAAUCACCUGACCAGAUGGGAGAUCCAGAGGGAGUUCAGACUCGCUACGGAGGUGUGGGAUCGUGCCUCCAGACUUGUGUUCUUGGAGUUGGAGCACAAUGCAGACCAAGCGGAUAUUAUCAUUGAUUUCAAACGAGGAUACCACGGAGACGGGUACCCCUUCGACGGCCAAGGCAAGACGCUCGCCCAUGCCUUCUAUCCGGGUGCGGGCGUGGGCGGGGACAUGCAUUUCGACGACCAGGAGCCGUGGGUGCAGCACAAGGAUUCGGAUAAUACCUGGGAGCACGUGAGUUUGUUUAUCACGGCGGCCCACGAACUCGGCCACGCGCUCGGCCUCUACCACUCGGACGUCGAGGGGGCGCUCAUGGGACCCUACCUCAUCAAGUUCCCCGAGACCUUCCAGCUGCCCGAGGACGACGUCAGGGGUAUCCAGGAGCUCUAUGGCCCGGACGAGAACUGGAACCAGGACAACUACCCCCAGCCCCCACCGGCCCCCCCUACCCCCAAACCCAAGGAACCCCCCACCGAACGCCCUACCAAGGAGACCCCCAAGAAGCCCAUCCUGCCCCCUAAGAACACGGAGAAGCCUGACACGUGUGACACCGACUAUGAUGCCCUCUCUGUCAUCCGGAGGGAGGUGUACAUCUUCAAGGGGAAGUACUUCUGGCGAUUGGAUCCCUCUGGAAAGCUGCGUCCCAACUACCCAGCUGAAAUCUCUCGAUUCUGGGCCAUUCUCCCGAAAAAUAUCACGAAAGUUGAUGCUGUCUAUGAAAGGCCAGAUACAAACAUUGUCUUCUUCAUUGGCAAUCGCUACUAUGUUUGCCAAGGAAACCAGCAGCUGCUCAAGACUGGGCUUCUCAAACACCUAGGGCUGCCUGAAGACCUCGAGAAAGUGGAUGCUGCUUUUGUCUGGGGACAUAAUGGAAGAACCUACUUCUUCGCUGAUACAAUGUACUGGAGGUUUGAUGAAUAUGUGAAAAAUGUAGAGCUUGAUUAUCCAAGGGACAUGGUCAUGUGGAGCGGUGUCCCAUACAACAUUGACUCGGCCUUUAAAUAUAAUGGAACCACCUACUUCUUCAAAGGCAAAGUAUUCUGGGAAUUUGAUGACCUACGUAUGAAGGUGAAACCGAAGUCACCUGCCCUUUCAGCACCCUAUUGGCUUGGCUGUCCCAACAACAUCGAAAACCCGUCCUAUGGCAAGGCAUCCGUAACGGACACCUCUGGUAGUGGCAGCAGCAGCGGAUUUUUGACCUCCCUGCUGCCAUUUGUGGUCGCUAUUGCUGUUGUCGUGCGGGCCGAGUCCCUCACGGCAUCAUGGAGGUUUAGGCUGUGAAGUGCUCAAGGGAGGGAGGGAAGUGCGAGGGGAGUGAGGGGGGAGCCCCAAAGAGUUCUCAUGGGAUUUUUUUUUUUUUUUCUAAUGUUUUUUCAUUCAUUUUUAUCUGUUUUUUUCUCUUUGCAUUCUUAUUUUUUAAUACCCCAUCUUUUAGAAUUUCCUUUUCUAGGAUUUUUUUAUGCAUAUAUACAGCAUGGUAAUAUGUUUAUGUAUUUCAGGAAUUAGUUGUUCAACUAAAGCUGAGAAAUGUGUGUGGAAUAAAUGUAUGUCAGUUCAUGGACCAUUAUGAUAUCUAUUAUAAUCUCAGAACAUGUUGAACAUGCCUGAAGUAGGUUGUUUUUUCUAUUUUAGACACAUUUUAUAGGAACACUUUUGGGGGAAAAUAUUUAUUGAUGAGGGAUUUUCCUUUUCUGUGUAUGAUGUCAGUGAUUUCUGUCUUUUUUUUUUUUAUUCUCUCUCUGCAUCAUUUUACUUUUUUAAUGCGUAUAGUGCGAUCAUUAGGAACAUUAAAUUCUAUAAGGGGUGUUUGAUGUGAUAGCUCAUAGAUUGAGCUCAGGUAAUAUCUUUUAAUAUCUAUGAUACUGUAAGAAUAUAGUGGGAUGUGUUUCGAAUACUUGGUUUCUGUAUGAAUGCUUGGAAAUGUUUUUUUGUGAAAGAUGGUACUUUUGAUUUUUUUCUACACAUUUGUAUGAUGAAAUAAAAGGAUAUUUAAGAAAUUGUUCUGUUCUGUAUCAGUCUAAUAAAGGAGAUAAUUUAGAAGUAUCAUCUGUUUGUGUAUUUGAUGAACCAUUUCUCUGUUAUUUUAGUGGGGGAAAAUUCUAAAACUGGAAUACACAGUGCCAGUUGGAAUGUAAGAUUUAAGUUUUGUCUUAUUUUUUAUCAUAAUGCAAACAACUGCCAUUAUACUGUAGUCUUUGUGCUGACGUAUUAUUGGGUUGGGGUAAAGCUGUAAGUACUUCCAUUACGCAUCUGCAUUUCUUGUUUUUUAUACCUUAAGAGUAUUUGUUUUAAUUAUACACAACUAAUUUUCUAGAAAUAAAUUGUGGAAACAUUAGCUUCAAUCUGAUUACUGUAUUGUUUUGGACUGUAACUUUAUCAUUGUUUUUGCAAUAUUUUGAUUUUUUUUGUUUAGCAAUUUCUUUAUGAUUUAUUUGUACAUCUUUGGACUCCCUGUUAGUUAUAACUGACAAACAAAUAUGAUAAGAAAUGCAAAUGUGUUUUAAUGCAAAGUAUUUGAUGUAAAGGAUCAUUUUAUCUGUCACCCAUUUGUGUCUGAAUUUUUUUUCUUUUUUUUUUUCUUUCUUUAGUCUUUUGUGACAUCUCAUUUCCUUUGUCUUUUUGAGACAAGCUGUAUAUUUUUGUAAUCUUUCAAACUGAUAUUUUUCUCCUUUUUUGUUUCUUGAGGUUACUGAUCAUUGGUUACUGAAAUGAGCUUCGGAUAGAAUUCUCCUGAUGUGUAAUGACUAGGAACGGAAACAGUUAGAGAAGAGACCAAUAUUGCAUUUGUGACUCUUUAUUAUGAUAUUGCAGUGAGGCAAUACAGAAUUUAGAAUCUACUGGUUUAGAUCUCCCGUUUGGAAAUGAACUUCUCCGUUAUUUAAUGCAAAAACACUCACAUUACAGAAGUUUUUGCAAAAUAAGUGAAAGAUUAGGAGAGAUUAUUGUUACAUAAUAUUAGUAUCGUAGAGGCUAUUCCACUGAACUUAUCACUGCUGUACUGCUAGUCAUGGUUAACUUAUAAACCCAGGCUCUGGUCUAUCUUAUAGAAUGGAAACUAGAAGUAACACUUGGCAUGUUCAAUCACAUUCUAUUGAUAUGAGAAAAGAGCUACUGUUCUGGAAAUAGUAGGAACUUAAACGCCUGUAAACUUAAUAAAUACCAUAGUAUCAGUUUUCACAUUUUACCACUUGCUAGGUGUAUGUAUGUGUCAACAAAUCAACAAAUACACUGGCUUUUAUUUGUAAUUUGAAUAAUUUUACUGAACACACAUGUCUGUAUAUUGUUGAAGGUAAAAUUAAGUGGGUGCUGUCAUUUUAAGAUAAAAACUGUUUUAGUGAUGAAAAACUUGGAAGUGUACAAUAGGAUAUGUAUGCUAUGAAUUUAUAAAAGAAUUGGAACAUAUGAACAAACUUCAAUGUAGUUCAGUGUUCAGUUAUAAAACACAGAAAGCUGUGGGUAGCAUGUGCUCACAUAGGUUGUCACAAGACAAAAUGGCAUAUACAUUGAUUGUAUUAUUGUGCAUCCUACACAGAUUUUGAAAAUUAACAGAAAAGCACUUGAAGAGUAAUUCACUAUUGUACCUAUAUGUAACAAUUAAGAUAAAAGUGAAAUCAUUGUGAAGGAAAAUCAUUUUAAGAAGUGUUACUGAAGCAGGUGUAUGAGGAGCCAAUACUGUUAUAUAUAUGGAUGUGAUUUUAAAGCUUCUGCUUAUGGUAAUGGUUGCACCAUCUCACAUAUGAGGAAAAUAGUAAAAAAAAAAAAAAUACAUUUGUGAAUAUUCAAUAUGUUAUUUCAAGGGGAUUACACCAUGGAGCUUGACUUUUUCUCACCAUCUUUUGUAUUUACCUUCGCAAGUAAAUACUAUAGUGUAGAGCACUGUAACUCUUGUUCUUAUGUUGUUUUACUGUGCUAGCAAGUUCACUCUUCACUAAUACUGAACAAUAACCCAUAUCAUAAAGCUCUGCUUUUAAUGGGCAGAAUGAAAAUGCAAAGACUCAUUUUAUUGUAUCAAUUCCUAUUUUUUUCAUAUUCAUGUGAGAUAUGAUAAAUGUUUUCAUGUUCUUCUGAUGAUAAUAUUCUCUGCCUUGACUGCUGCAGAUUGGGCAGAAAUAGUUUUGUUAAUAUUAAGCCUUCAUUGUGAAACCAGAAUUAACCUUCAGACGUAUUUUCUCUAUUUAGGACAAAUAUGAGGUUUCAUCAGCAUGAAUAAGUAUACAUUCAUCUUUACACUUCACUGCCACACCUAUGUUCUGUAUGGUUUGCAUGGUUAUUUAUUGACUGUUGUAACACUUGGCACAGAUAUAUGUAUAAUGAAAGCAAUUAAAAUCAUUUUUCAAGUUUUUGAAGAUAAA